AAAAAAAUUCCCCCCAUUCCGUCCCAGCAGAGCCGCACCACCCAAAUCCCCUGUUCCCGCGGCCGGACAUGAACAGGACGGUGGCGGCGAUACCCGCCGUCAGGAAGAGGGAGGCGGAGGCUCAGGCCGCGGCGCCCGCACCCAAGAGGCUCACGUCCGCCGGAACCGCCGGGCGAAGGCCACGGAAGCGGAUCCGCGAGGAUAAGCUUGUCAGCGACGGGGAUCUCAUCAGCAAACUCCCCGAUGACAUCCUCGGCACCAUCAUCUCCCUCCUCCCCACCAAAGACGGCGCCCGCACGCAGGCCAUCGCUCGCAGAUGGCGCCCUCUCUGGCGCUCAGCGCCUCUCAACCUCCACGCCUCCUACCACCUCUGCUCCAAACAGUUCAAGCGCCUCUCCGUCGUCUCCAGGAUCCUCUCCGACCACCCUGGACCUGCCCGCCGUUUCGUCUUCCGCCUCGUCCGCCUCCACAAAGCGAAAAAAAGGCACGCCGAGGAAGCCGCUCAGAUCGAGAACUGGUUCCACUCCCGAGCCCUCAGAAACCUUAAGGAGCUCGAUAUCAGCUUCGACCUCUUGGACUAUGUACAUGAGAAGCUUUAUCCGCUGCCCUCAUCAGUGUUCUGCUUAGCACCAACUCUCCUCGUGGCCGUAAUCAGCUUCUGCGAAUUCCCCAAGGAGAUCACUCAUUCACUUAGUUUUCCGUUGCUCAAGCAGCUCAUCCUGCGGCGCGUAUCCAUCUGCCAGGAUGUCUUCCAUGGGGUGCUCUCUGCCUGCCAUCUGUUGGAGUCGCUUGAAUUGAAGGAAAUUCGUGAUACUAAUUGCUUGCGCAUUAGCUCGGCAACUCUUAGGAGUGUGAGCCUCUGCGCUUGUUUUGCAGCCAAAGGAGAAUUGUUCAUUGAAGACGCCCCUCUCCUUGAAAGGCUGCUACUACCUUGUCCGCGCGAAGGGGGUGAGAUUAUUCGGAUAAUCCAGGCACCUAAACUGGAGAUACUGGGCCUUUUGUCUCCCCGCAUCUCCAAAAUUGAGAUUGCUAAUGUAGUCUUCCAGAGUUUAACCCCAACAAGCUUGAAUAAUACGAUAGCCACAGUGAAGGUUUUGGCUCUCGAGUUUCCAGUCCCUGAUUUGAAUGCUGUUAUUGACGUCUUAAGAUGCUUCCCGUGCUUGGAAAAGCUUCAUGUCAUUUGGGAGAAAUACUUGAAGAUAGGUACGAAAAAUGCACGUCAGUAUGACCCAUUAGAUCCAGUCAAAGGCCUUGAUACCCAUCUAAAAAAACUGGUAUUGAAAAAUUACGAGGGCAAUGAGCAAGAUGUUGGCUUUGCCAAGUUCUUUAUUUUGAACGCAAAAGUGCUGAAGGAACUCAAAUUUGGAGUCAGUCAUAGGAUCAACAAACAAUGGGUGGCUGAUCAAUACAGGCUGCUAGAAAUGGAAAAUAGAGCUUCUCAAGGCGCUCAAUUGGAAUUCAUACAAAAUGAUGAUGUGUCGUCUUUGGAUGCCCAUGAUUUGUCAACUGCCGAUCCCUUUUAACUGUUAUUUUGUAAAUGAAGAUGAAUAGAUGACGAUAUUUCAGAAUAAGCAUGCCAAUGGUUUAUCUGUGACUUUGCAGACAAGGUUGAUUAUAUACCUGAGGAAUCUAAUGUCUUUUA